GAGGGUGAGAGAGAUGGAUGGUGUGACUGACCAGCAGCAGUGGCAGCAGCAGGGUAUACCAGUGUUUCCAGGGCAGGACUCAGAGGAGGGGUUGUACUAUCACAGCAUUCUGCAGGCCGUACAGAAGUGGUUCAGUCAGUUUGGCUGGCCCCGUGGACCAAACCCCAUCUCUCUACCACGCUCUCUCAGAAGGGUGGUAUGUAGAGUCCAGACAGUAGACUCCAGCUCCAGUGAGUGGAGGAACUCGUACCUUAUGAGUCAAGGUAAAGACACACGGACCAUCUACGACAUGCUGCGUCACCUGAGCGGACAGACACUUCCUGGUGUGAGCACCAACCAAUCGCUGCCCUGCAACCUCACUGAGCGCGUGCAGCAGCUGCUCCACUGGAACACAGUGCUGCUGGCCUUCCUCAGGAGGCAGGGAGCCUGUCUGUCCCACAUCAGACCCGAGUACCUGUUAGACUCCCAGGAGUUCAGCCACUGGAGCUCUAUACAGGCCCAGUCCCAGUGUGAUCAGAGGGGGAUGGACUACAGCAGCAAGGUCUUUGAAUCCCUCAGUAAAAGGGCCUGGAUGGAUGUUCUACUGCAGACCUACAAGGUGCUAGUCCUGCCGCGGGUGACAGAGGGUCCCUUGUCCCUGGGCCUCCAGAGCUGUGACAGUGGCAGCAUGGAGCAGCAGGUCCCCAGGAUAGACCCAAAGCCCCUGACCUCUAACGUCUACUCCACCUGGGAGAGGAGGCUACUCACCUGGCUCAACCUGCACUACCACAGCAUGAGGACUACCGUCUGGAGCCCACUCACCUCUACAGGAGACGUCCCACCAGCCCGCUGGGUGGUGAACUUUGACAGGACCUGGCAGACGGCCUGGUUCUGGCUGCUGUGCUGGCUGCCUACUGUCCCUUUCUGAUCCCCAGUCAUCUCCAGAGGAUGUACACCAGCAUCAGCCGCCUGGAACAGAACCUCCACAACAGUAUCAUCCUCAGCCAGGCCUUCACACUGCUCUGCCUGGACAUAGACAUCCAGCCCACAGAGCUGUCAGACUCUAACCCUGUUCUGAUGUUGAUGCUGUGUGUUUACCUUUAUGAGACGCUGCCCCAGUACCUUCCCAGGAGAACCAUCACCCUGUCUGGCAGCCUGCACCACACCUUCACCA